UCCUCACCCUCGAACACAUCAGGACGUCCUAAUAAAAAACAGAGCACCUCGAGAGCCUGCAAAUCAUUCAGCGCAGACAAGUUUCCACAAGUGUUUCUGCCUGUAAUUGAAGCUUCUGCAGCAGCUUAUUUAAAGAGGAGCUAUUUAGACUCCCAGAGGAGAGUGAAGAUGAACGUUUACGAGUAACAGGUAAUAAUUUCACAACUCACAGAGUGUGCGGUUUGGACGGCAGGAAGUUGGACCCCCAGAACAGAUCAGAUUACUGCUUCAAAAUGAACCAACUCAAACUGCUUGAUGACAAACAGCAUUUCGUCUUCAUCCUCAUCACCAUGUUGGCCCUUCUGUGCUCCGGCCAGAUCUUACCGAGGACAGAUCCUCCUAUACGCCCCGGCCACCCCUUCCUGUUCAUGUGGAACGCCCCGACCGAGCUGUGCGACAUCCGCUUCGGCAUGCCUCUCGACCUCUCCUACUUCCACUUUGUCAGCAGCACGCUGAGGACAGCAACCAACCAGAGCGUCUCCAUAUUCUACACCGACCGCUUCGGCAUCUUCCCCUACUUGGAUGAAGACACUGGUGAGAUGUACGAUGAGGGUCUGCCGCAGCUGGUAGACCUGGAGGAGCAUCACGAUGAGGCCGAGGAUGACAUCGAGUACUACAUCCCUUCUGACACACCGGGCCUUGCUGUGCUUGACUUUGAGGAGUGGAGGCCGCAGUGGAUCAGAAACUGGGGCGACAAAGACAUCUAUCGAGAGAUGUCCAUUGAAACGGUCAAGAUGAAGAACCCGCUGCUUUCUGAGGAUGAGGCGGAGGACAGGGCCAAGAUUGUAUUCGAACGUGCAGCCAAGAGGUACUUCCUUCGAUCCCUCCGCAUUGGCAAGAGGAUGAGGCCCAAAAGACUCUGGGGUUACUACCUGUACCCCGACUGCUACAACUACGACUACAACCAGGACAUGGUGGGCUUCACUGGAGAGUGUCCCGCCAUUGAGAAGGAAAGGAACGAUGAGCUGAUGUGGCUCUGGAAAGAUUCCACAGCACUCUUUCCAUCCAUCUACCUGGAGCUGGUGCUCAGAGACUCCCAGCAGGCCCGGAAGUUUGUUCGCCAUCGCAUCCAGGAGGCCAUGAGGGUGUCAACACUCCCCAACAGAUCCUACUCCAUCCCCGUCUACGCCUACAUCCGCCCGGUGUACAAGGACAGCAUCGAUGACUACAUGUCAGAGUUUGAUCUGGUGAACACCAUCGGAGAAGCUGCUGCUCUCGGCGCUGCUGGCGUUGUUUCCUGGGGAGACAUGAACGUCACCGACACAGAGGACUCCUGCUUUGACGCUCGGCGCCACCUGGAGCGGGUCAUGAACCCGUACAUCAUGAACGUCUCCACAGCAACACAACUCUGCAGUCAGGCGCUCUGCCAGGGCCAUGGUCGCUGUGUGAGGAAGCAGUGGGACGAUGACGUCUUCCUCCACCUUGACCCGCGGCGUUACAGCAUUGAGCAGCAACGCCGCGGCGGCCCUCUGACUGUGAGUGGCGGCCUGUCACAGGAUGAUGUCAACUGGUUUGACCGAAACUUCGACUGCAUGUGCUACAGCGAGAAGCCAUGUCGAUCGGUCCUGACGUUAAACGUCAUUAACGAGGCCUUCCUCACCACGAGGAAUCAAGGUACUGAGAAGCCCCGCCCCCUGCUGCUGGUGAUGAUACUGCUCUGUCUGAAGUAUAUGGUGAUGCAGAUGUAGUUAUUAACACAAACGUGACACCUGUGAUACAGGACAUGUGGUUACAGGCAGGUAAAGGACAAUUCCACUGUUAUUUUGUUUAUCAUCAUAUAUAUUAUAUUCUGACUGUUUGUACCUGUGUUUCCAUUAAAGGUGUUUUUCCUUCAGUUUAACCAAA